AUGGAGGGAUUGCUCAGCGAUCUGUACACCACAAGUCUUGAUGGUUUUGUGGCAAUCACAUCGGCCAGCAAGAUGCUCCCGAUUUUCUUGGAGAAAGGGGUCAGGGUGGAUAGCAAGACCUACUUAAAAGGCGUGUUGGAGAAGGAGGCUUGGAAUGAAACAUUGUGGCUGAACAGUAGCAGUGCACUCUGUCUUGUCACCUAUUCAGCACGCAGGCACGAUCGCCUUCUCUGCGGAGAGAUUUGCUCCGACGAAGUUCGUAGAAGCGUACGUCUAUUGUCUUCAAAUAUCGACAUUGGUAUGGCCUCCCGCCAGGACAAUCCUCCUUAA